AUGUCGAGAGAAGAAGAUGCGGGUCAAAUUCCAGAAGUUAUGUAUGAUUCCAAUACAAGGACUCAAUACAAAAGAGGAAGGUUUUUCGGAAAGGGUGGAUUUGCAAAAUGCUAUGAAAUUACAAAUGUACAAAACAAUUUAUCUUUUGCCGGAAAAAUUGUAUCCAAAAAAUUAAUGGCAAAACAAAACCAAAAGGAAAAAAUGACUCUGGAAAUUGAAAUUCACCAAUCUCUUAAUCACAAAAACAUUGUUAGGUUUUAUAACUUUUUUGAAGAUCAAAGCAACAUUUAUAUUGUUUUGGAAUUAUGUAGAAAAAAGUCUAUGAUGGAACUUCACAAACGCAGAAAAGCUAUUUCAGAACCUGAAACAAGGUUUUAUAUGAAACAAUUACUUAGUGGAGUUAACUAUUUACAUUCAAAUAAAAUAAUUCAUAGAGAUUUAAAAUUGGGAAAUUUAUUUUUAAAUGAUGAUCUUCAUGUAAAAAUUGGUGAUUUUGGAUUGGCUGCCAAAAUUGAAUAUGAUGGUGAAAGGAAGAAGACUCUUUGUGGCACACCAAAUUAUAUUGCUCCAGAAAUAUUGAACAAAAAAGGUCAUUCUUUUGAAGUGGAUAUUUGGUCAAUAGGAUGUAUUAUGUACACAUUACUUAUUGGAAGACCACCAUUUGAAACAAGUAGUUUAAAAGAAACCUAUUCUAAAAUUAAAAAAUGUGAUUAUAAAAUAUGCACCAGUAUUUCCUUGUCAGCAAAACAAAUGAUAAUGAUGAUGCUUCAAGGAGAGCCAAAAAGUAGACCAAAAGUAUAUGAAUUGGCCAAACACGAAUUUAUGGCUGGAUAUUGCCCAUCUUCACUGCCAGUAAGUUGUUUAACAAUGGCUCCAAGGUUCGAUAAGGCAGAUGUUUCCAUAAGAAAACCUUUACUUGAGAUAAACCAUGGUGAUACAGGUGUAUCUCCACACAAAAUGCAUGACUCCAUAGCUGCUGGCUUAGCUGCAGGAGCACAACCACAAGCAUUUGACGCUAGAGAUAAUUUCGAACAAUUGAGAAUUAUGUUGUUAAAGGUCUUAAAAACAAAACCUGCAAGAAAUCAAAAGUUUUUGGAUGAAAUGACUGAUCCACAAGCACAGCCAAUGAUAUGGGUUUCAAAAUGGGUUGAUUAUUCAGACAAAUAUGGAUUUGGAUAUCAACUUUCAGAUGAAGGAGUGGGUGUAAUGUUUAACGAUACCACAAAACUAAUAAUGCUGCCAAAUGGAUUAAAUGUGCAUUAUGUAGACAGAAAUGGUGAAGAGUCAUACAUGACUGUUGAUAAUUAUCCAAAACAAUAUGACAAGAAAAUGAAAUUGUUAUCAUAUUUUAGUAGAUACAUGCGUGAACAUUUAAUAAAAACUGGUGCUUUUAUUGCUAAAGAAAAUGAUAGUAUGUCUAGAACACCUCAUUUACAUCAAUGGUGUAGAUCUACUUCAGGAGUUCUUAUGCAGUUAAACAAUGGAACAGUACAGAUGAAUUUUGGAGAUCAUACAAAAAUUAUAAUGUGUCCGCUAAUGGCGGCGAUAACCUACAUAGAUGAAGAUAAAUCCUUCAGAACGUUUAGAUUUUCAACAAUUGAGCAAAAUGGUUGUUCAAUGGGAUUAUACGAAAAAAUGCGAUAUGCUUACGAUAAAAUAUCUGUAUUGUUAAGCUCUUAA